AUGGGCGCCAAAAACAUUCCCUUGAGCACAAAACGCGAGACGCUUUCUAAGAAAAUAGAAACAAUCCGAAGGGAAUUCGAAGACGAAACAGCUCAUACAGUUACAAAUUUGCGCUUUAAUAAAUUGGCAGAAUGGUUUAAAAUCUACGACAAACUUGCCGACAAACUUGAAAUGACAAGGCCCGAGGACCCAGAGGUAGUUCUUACUGAAGAAUUACGCACAAAUUAUUACGAGCUCUCCAGUAAAAUAUUACAUGCCAAUCAAGCAAGAGCCGCGGCUGAAGACUUGCUUAACAAGGGUACACUCAAUAACUCAACCAAUAAUAACACAACGACUGAUACACACCGUCGUGCUGAACUCCCCACGACUGAAAUACCCAAAUUUGACGGUAAUUUUGAAAAUUGGCUUUCUUUUAAAAACAAGUUCCAGACUAUGACGGAAAAACGUGAAGACGUUGAAGAUAUUGACAAAUUCAUAUACCUCUGCGGAGCAUUGCACGGCGCAGCAUCACACAAACUCUCGCUUUUCGAUGCAAGCGCAGAAAACUAUCAAAGGGCUUGGGCUCUUUUAACUGACACUUAUCAGAAGGAACGUCCGCUAGCAUAUAAACAUUACGAUGCUCUAUUGCAUCUCAAUCCCAUAUCUAAUCCGACUAAUGAAAAUCUUACUAAACUCAUAGACGAAGCUCGCCAACACUUGAAUUGUUUAGAUACAUUAAAGGCAAAACCGACCGAGGCAUUUGUGGUGCGCGUACUUGAACUUAAAUUACCAAUAGAAAUUAGAGAUAAAUGGGAGGAGACCUUUGACGAUGACAAUAUUCUUCCAACCUUUGAACUCUGUAGUAAAUUCGUGACAAAAACAGCCUUCCGGCUUAGCUCACGCAAACCAGAAUCACACACUAACUCAUUCAAACGACGACGUGAUCAAACUGGCAACCCUCGCAAAUACCAAAGGACCGAACACACAACACGGGCACUUGUAACAUCAAUCUCUAUCACCUGUGCUGAUUGCAAGGGUUCUCAUCCUCUUUACAAAUGUCCUCACUUCAACACACUGACAGUUGAUCAACGAGUUAAAUUCGUCAAAUCAGCUCGACUCUGCCAAAACUGCAUGCGGAACCACAAGGGGGCUUGUACCUCUAUUAGAUGCAAAACCUGUAACAAAUUCCAUCACACCAUGUUACAUUAUCCACGAAACACAAUUGAUCAAUACACUGGUACCAAUACACAAAGAAUCCAAACACCUGCUACUGCAGCCGCCGACAAGAGCGCGACAACCUGA